GAAGUGUUACUCAUUAAAAAUAAAAACGCAUUUACAUAAAAUAGGUAUAGUUAUUAAAUAAUUCAUUGAAUUGAGUCUUUUAUACUGAAAUAAUUUCAGGAUAAAGUGAAAUUAUCCAUUUGUUGGUUUAAUGUUUUGAUAUUUUAUUUCUAGGAACAGUCGAAUAGGGAUUUGUUUUAGCCUAUUACUCGUAGAACAUCACUAUGUUAUGAUAUAUUGAUUAUUGAUAUCAAUAUGUCUAUGGUUGUCGUCGACAGGUCUCGUGGUGGAGGGGGUAGAGGAGAGGAUGUGAGACAAUGUGUUGGUAAAUGGUAGGUCCUUGUGCCGUUCUUAUUUUUUGUGUUCAGAUUUUAAAAGCUGUUCGAUUCUUUUGCUCGGCGAUUUGUGCUGUUGCCGGUUAUUCAAAGUAGAACGUCUACAGUAGUCCAUAGACGUCUCGUCGUGGCAACGGAGAAUGUGCUAGUAUCACCCCGACUGUCCCGACUCCCGAGUGCCAUCGAGCGGGAAGGAGACGAAAAAAAUCUAUCUUGAAAUUAUUGACGACUGGCCGAGUACAGCGAAACAAAAUAGCCGCGAGUCGCGCCGAUAACGAACAAUAGCCGAUAAGCGGCGACAGCCGACAAGUGGCGAUCAGGCAUCAGCUGACAGCCUGCUGCUGCUGCUGCGGACGGAACGUGCGCGCGGUCUCGAUCCGAACGUUAUCUGCCGAUUCGCAGUAUGAGUAGAAGAGAGGAAAAAAAAUAACGACGGAACAAAACAAAAACAAUGCACCACCGCUUGCCGCCGCCGCCGCCGCCGCCGCCGCCGCUGCUGCCUGUUACUCAAGGGCGCAUUUGAUAACAAUGCGAAAUCGUCUGUGUUUCUCUCGCACGGUUCCGUCGUCGGCGAAUCACACGGUGCCAGUCGGAGAAUCGUUUGCCGCGGACCAAAGCCACGACCGUCGCCGCCGACGGCCAUCGAGAGGUGCAAACUGAGGUGUCCGAAACGUGAGACAGAAACCGGAGACGGACACGCGGGUGUUACCGGUUGCCGCCGCGGCCACAGCAACAGCAACAACAACUGCUACAGCAGCAACAGACUUACGGCACGGCGCCCGUGUGGUGGUCGCGAGCUCCUCCGCCGCCACACCCGUCCGACGGUGAUAUCAGGUCACACAUUGUUCGUACAACCUAACCUAACCUACCCUCGGUGGUCCGGGUACACGUUUUCCACUCAUAUCGUUUGAUCGCCUGUUGUUCCGAUCGCACGGAACCGUUUGGAUACCACAUCCAUCUACACAACGUCCAUCGGUCCACAAGCCGACAGGGAAACGCACUGCCAAAACACAAGGAAUAUGCCUUCGGUAUGGGAUCCAAAGAUUGUCAAUGGCCAAAAAAUGAAUCCAAUGUCCAGAUAUCACCAGGUCGCCAAUUGCGAUCACAUGUUCUUCAAUUAUGUCCGAAUUGUAAUCAACCCAUUCAAGGUAAGACUGGGCAGCAAAAUGUUUGUAUGUGUUUGUCUUCCACCCCAGCUACAACUAGCGAUCCUACUUUUUCUAACCAAUCAAAAAAAAGGAACAGAAAAACUUUACAAUUACCAGCCACAUGUAAACGUCAGCUGUUCGAUGAAUGUUAUGAACAGCCCGAAAGUACGGUGAGUAUAUCUGAUACUCAAAAACCAACAGUGGCUGAAAGUACAGAAAGUGGUGAAAGUUCAAGUACUUCUAUACAACCAUCGCAACAACAACAACCUGGAGUCAAUCAGAUGUUGAGAGGUCGACACAUAUGUCAAGUGUGUUUUAAGUCGUUUACAAGUCCAUGUAAAUUGACACAACAUUCUUAUUCACAUACUGGUGAAAAACCAUUUGUGUGCAAACAUUGUUCAAAAGCAUUUUCGUCAAAAUUUAAACUAGUUCGUCAUGUAUUAAUACAUUCUGACCAACGUCAAUAUCAUUGUACAAUUUGUGAUCGAACAUUUCAUAGGAAAGACCAUUUAAAAAAUCAUGCCAAAGUACAUAAUCCUAUUAAACGGACUUUACAAUGUGAUCGCCCUGGUUGCUCAAAAGAGUACAGUUCAGUGCUUAGUUACCGUAAACACAUAGCUGUACAUUCUGUAGAAGAAGGAUUCCUUGAUUGUAAGAUUUGUAGUAAAGUAUUUGAAUCCAAAGAUGAACUCAUGUACCAUUUGAAAAUACAUUCAGGAUCGAGGGUAAUUAAGACUCCAGCUGAUAAGAAAUAUCGAUGCAACUUUUGCGAUCGUAGUUUUUACACUGGUAAGGAUGUUCGUCGACAUAUGGUUGUACACACUGGUCUGCGUGAUUUCCUAUGUCAAUUUUGUCCUCAACGAUUUGGUCGUAAAGAUCAUCUUACUCGACACAUAAAAAAAAGUCACAACAUCAAUGCGAGUAAGAAAUCCAAACCAAAAAAACCAACUGAACUGUACAAAAGUAAAUCGGUUGAAGCAAUUUAUCUUGAAACAUGUGGUCAGCCAUAUAAGUUAGAAAGGAAUGUAGCAGAAACAGUUACUAGUGGAGAUUUCAUAAAACAAGAAAAUUCUUCUACAAUGUCAGAAAUAGAAAUGUUCCAUUCAUCUAAUAUAACUAGUUUUAAUUACAGUGAAAAUAAUAGUGAGACAGUUAUUCAAACUGUUGGAUCAACCAGUGAAGUCAAUUUACCAGUUAUAAGCUAUGAACCUCAAGCGUCAUAUCCAGUUGAUGAACUGAAAGUAUUUGAUACAACCUUAACCAAUCAGCUAGCAGACAAUUACGAAGAGUCAACCAACCCUGAAAUGCCUGGAUUAUCUCAAUUAAUUACUUUGAUACCAUCUUCAACCCUAACUAAUAUAGAGCCUAAUCUCUCAGUACUGACAAGUCAUGAACCAUCUAUUUUGCCUACUCAGCAUGUAGUUGGACAUGAGCCAACACAGCUUCAAGUUGGUGAAUACCUUACAUCUUCAUCAGAAAUACUGUCUGCUCUUUUACGACAAACUUCUGAAACAGGCACUACACCUUUACCAGGGUUCAAUCAAGUUUUUCAUCAACAACAAUAAUAGUUCCAUUAAAAAAACAUUAUGUAUAUAAAUAUACAUUUUAUCUAGUCAGUCAUCCAUAGUAGUUCAUAUAUAUUUACCUUUUCAGAUUAUAUAUUUAUUUUAGGUAUACAAACCUUACAAAAAAUAAAUUAUUUUUGACUUAAUAUAUAACAAUAAAAUUGCGCUUUAUACCUUUACUGGCUCACUACAGUAACAUAUAUAUAUAUAUAUUUUUACAUUUAUAUAUACUUAACAUAUAUGUAUGCAUAUUAUAUUCCUUCAUGUCAGAUAUUUUUGUAGAUUAAAUAAUAACACUGUAAUUUGUUAAUACGCUUUCUACAUCCAAUACGUAGUGCAAGUCAAAAAAUAUAUAUUAUAUAUAAUCUAGUCUUCAAACAGUGCAUACUAUGUUAGUGUUAUGUUUCAAUAGUUUCAGAGUGUUAUUUUUUUUUCAGCAAAUUGUUAAAAUUAUUUUAUUACAUAUUAUAUAUAUAUAUAUAUAUAUAUAUAUAAAUAUUUAAGUGGUUUGUUAAAUAAUUUUAUGUUUAUUUUAUCUUUUGUAAAUCAUGUUUAUUUUAUUUUACGGAUAUAAGAUUAAGAUUGCCGUUGUCAAUAUUACACCAAACCAUGUUCUGAAGAAGAAUGACCUGGCCAAUAAACCAUUUUAGUUUUUUAAAUAUCGCUUUUAUGGGCAUGUUAUUAUUAUUAUUAUUUUUUUUUUUUUUUGGGGGAUGAUAAUAUUAAAAAGGAAAUAUUAUGUUUUUGUUUUCAGAUCGUAAAUUUGAUUUUAUAUUUUGUAUGUAUGUUAUAAUGGGGACCAAAACCAGUACUCAUAAGUUCCUAGUGCUACACAUCUAAUUGUUGUAAAUAACAUAUAAAUAGUAGUGGUAUAAUGUAUGUUAUUGCACAAUGCUUAAAUAAACUUGUUACAACUGUGACUGUAAGUGUUUGUAAACAUACAGAAUAUAUAAACAUGUAUUUUUUUAUGUAUUAAUAUUUAAUAGUGUACCUGCUAUAUGUUAAUUAAGACAGAACCAUAAGAUAGUUUUUAAUUUAAUUUGUUUAAUCCGUUUGCUAAUAUUGAUUUAGCCGUAUAUUUUCUUGCCGUGUUAAGAGAUCUAAAUCAUGUAAUUGAUAUAAGAGUUUCAAAAGUUUUUUUUACUAUUUUGUCUAAUGUUUUUAUACCAAGUUUUUAUUAAUUUGAUA